CUUGCCUCUUGGAGUACGUGGAGCGGGGCUGGCAUCCCUGGACGUUCUGGGGGCAGGAGUAACUGUUUUCAAUCACGCAGUGCGUGUGGGUGCAAAAAGGCGUCGGUUGUGCAGAGACGAGGAAGGAGGCACAUGGGAGAAGCAGCAGAUGCGCCCACCCGCCCGCUUGUUGGUUGUUUUAUUGGGGAUUUUUCUGAGAAAGCUUGAGGUCUCCUGAAGCUUUUGGGUACAGGAUUUGCCCUUUGGAGGGGGCCAAAGUCCUGCUGGUUCUUGGGGGUUGCCGGAGCCACACUACCCCUGUGCAGAGUCAGCGACGGAUGUGGACUGCCCGCUCCGGGGCCGCGGCUAGGGCUAGGGCCAGGGCCAGAGGCGGGGCAGCCCCCGGCAGAGGGUGCCGGCGCGCAGGGACUGUCCUUGUCCCGUCCGCCCCUCGGCGCCGCUCUCCUCCCCUGAUGUCGGAUUUGUCCCGGGUGACGUUGGGAUGCUGGGGAAAGAGGAGGAGGAGAAGGAGGAGGAGGGGAAAGGAGAGCGGCUUCCUCCGCCCCCAAGUCGAGGACAGUCCGUUAGCAGGAGCACAGGGCCUGGGCGGCAGUGCCGAGGAGAGCCUUGUGUGAACGCCGAGGUCCCCCCAGGCAGCUGCACCGGCAGCGGACCCCGCUCGGCCAGCAAGUACUGCGACCCCGGCGCUCUCUGCCGCAGCGGCCGGCCGGGCAGCAUGGUCCCCGCGGCGGGACAACUCCUGGCCCUGCUGGCGGCCGUCGCGCUCCUCCGGCUCCGUGCGGCAGGUGAAAUGGAAAUUCCAGAAGCAAAUGACCCCUUAGGUCAUGUGGAUGGACUUGAGAGACCAAUUCCAACACCUAAAGGUUACUUCCUGACCUUUUUGGAACCAGUAAACAAUAUCACUGUAGUCCAGGGGCAAACAGCAAUCCUCCACUGCAAGGUAGCAGGAAAUCCAUCUCCAAAUGUCAGAUGGCUGAAAAACGAUGCUCCAGUGGUUCAGGAGCCAAGACGGAUCAUCAUCAGAAAAACAGAUUAUGGUUCCCGUCUGAGAAUCCAAGAUCUGGAUACCACAGACACAGGAUACUAUCAGUGUGUGGCUUCAAAUGGGAUGAAGACAAUAACUGCAACAGGAGUGUUGUUUGUAAGGCUUGGUCCAACAAACAGUCCAAAUCACAAUCUUCAAGAAGAUUACCAUGAAGAUGGGUUCUGUCAGCCAUACAGGGGAAUUGCGUGUGCACGAAUCAUUGGAAACAGGACCAUUUAUGUGGACUCCCUCCAGAUGCAAGGGGAAAUUGAAAAUCGAAUUACUGCUGCAUUUACCAUGAUUGGCACUUCCACACAUUUGUCUGAUCAGUGUUCACAGUUCGCUAUACCAUCCUUCUGCCACUUUGUAUUUCCCCUGUGUGACGAGCGCUCUCGGACACCUAAGCCACGGGAGCUGUGCCGGGAUGAAUGUGAAGUUCUGGAGAAUGACCUCUGUAGGCAGGAGUACAACAUUGCUAGGUCAAACCCCCUCAUCUUGAUGCAGCUACAGUUGCCUAAGUGUGAGGAUCUCCCAAGACCUGAUACCUUGGAAGCUGCCAACUGCAUAAGGAUUGGAAUCCCCGUGGAAAGGCUCAGCCGAUAUCAUCAGUGCUACAAUGGUUCUGGAGCAGACUACAGAGGGACGGUCAGCGUUACUAAGUCUGGCCACACUUGCCAACUCUGGGACUCCCAGAGUCCCCACAACCAUGAUCUGACAAGCACACAGUUCCCAGAGAUAGGCGGAGGACACGCGUAUUGUCGAAAUCCUGGAGGUCAGAUGGGUGGGCCUUGGUGUUUUACAAAGAACAAAAACGUACGCAUGGAACUGUGUGACAUACCUUCUUGUAGUCCACGUGACAACAGUAAAAUGGGAAUCCUUUAUAUCCUGGUUCCCAGCAUAGCCAUCCCUCUGGUUAUUGCCUGCCUGUUCUUCCUGGUGUGCAUGUGCAGAAACAAGCAGAAGGCAUCUGCUGCUACACCACAGCGCCGCCAGCUGAUGGCAUCUCCUAGCCAGGACAUGGAAAUGCCACUCAUUAAUCAACACAAACAGGCUAAACUUAAAGAAAUCAAUCUAUCCACUGUGCGGUUUAUGGAGGAAUUAGGAGAGGAGAGAUUUGGCAAAGUCUACAAGGGACAUCUUUUUGGUACAGCACCAGGUGAACAGACGCAAGCUGUUGCUAUCAAGACACUUAAAGACAAAGCAGAACUGGCUCUUCGGGAAGAAUUCAAACAUGAGGCAAUGAUGAGAUCACGAUUACAGCACCCAAACAUUGUUUGUUUGCUGGGAAUAGUGACAAAGGAACAACCCAUAAGCAUGAUAUUUAGUUAUUGUUCCCACAGUGACCUCCAUGAGUUCUUGGUGAUGAGAUCUCCCCAUUCAGAUGUUGGCAGCACUGAUGAUGACAAGACAGUAAAAUCCACUCUGGAACCAGCAGAUUUUUUCCACAUCGUGACUCAGAUAGCUGCAGGAAUGGAAUAUCUUUCAAGCCACCAUGUUGUCCACAAGGACUUGGCCACUAGGAAUAUACUGGUGUUUGAUAAACUGAAUGUGAAAAUAUCUGAUUUAGGCCUUUUCAGGGAAGUUUACGCUGCUGAUUACUACAAACUGAUGGGAAAUUCCCUUCUUCCUAUCCGGUGGAUGUCCCCUGAGGCUAUUAUGUAUGGCAAGUUUUCUAUUGAUUCAGAUAUAUGGUCAUAUGGAGUUGUCCUGUGGGAAGUUUUCAGCUAUGGCCUGCAGCCUUACUGUGGUUAUUCUAACCAGGAUGUCAUUGAGAUGAUAAGGAACCGACAGGUUUUGCCAUGUCCUGAUGACUGCCCCACAUGGAUAUACACUUUGAUGUUGGAGUGUUGGAAUGAAUUUCCCAAUAGAAGACCAAGAUUUAAAGAUAUACACAAUAGACUAAGAACGUGGGGAAACCUUUCUAAUUACAACAGCUCGGCGCAAACCUCUGGGGCAAGCAACACCACACAAACAAGUUCUCUCAGCACAAGCCCUGUUAGCAAUGUCAGCAAUGCUAGGUACAUUGGACCAAAGCAGAAAGCUCCAGCUUUCCCUCAACCACAGUUCAUACAAAUGAAAGGGCAGAUGAGACCAAUGGUCCCACCUCCUCAGCUCUACAUUCCAGUCAAUGGUUACCAGCCAAUGCCUGCCUACGGUGCUUACUUGCCAAAUUUUUAUCCCGUCCAAAUUCCAGUGCAGAUGGCUCCUCAGCAAAUGCCUCCCCAAAUCAUUCCCAAACCAGGCUCCCACCACAGCGGGAGUGGAUCCACUAGCACAGGCUACGUAACAACGGCACCUUCCAAUGCAUCAGUGGCAGACAGGGCUGCUCCGCUUUCAGAGGGCACAGAUGACACACACAAUGGAACGGAAGACAUCACCCAGAAUCCUGUCCAGGAGGAGGAGGAAGAGGAGAGCUCUGUGCCUGAAACAGAAUUGCUGGGUGAUAAUGACACACUUCAGAUGGACGAAGCAGAAAUUCAAUCAGAAGCCUAAGGAAUUUGGCCUUAUUACUGAGAAUUUCACAUCACUUCCAUGCAUGGAGACUGUAGAUCCUUAGGCUUAAUAGGAGUGAUUUUUGAUCUGACUAAAAGAAUCAAAACUAAAAAACCUACAACCGUGUAAAGUGCAGCAGUAAUGAUAUACCAGGUUUACUGACCAUUCCCACCAUCAUAUUUUGCAAAUACAAUGGUAUAGAAUUGCUGAGUUUAAUCUUUUUUACUGUUCUACAGUUUUUGAGGGAAGCUGCUUUUCAGUUAUGUACUGUUGCUGUGCAACAUAUUGCAGAGUGGCAUUGCACAUCAUGUAUAUCAUGAUACGUGAGUGUAAUGUUAGUGAAUUAUGCUUAAACCAAUAACACAAAAAGGAAUCCAGCUAAGGUUGCUGAAUUGCUCUGAGCAUAAAGAAUUGCCCUGGAUGUGAUGGGACAGCUUAGUUAAUAGUAUUUAUCUCUUUGAUAUAAUGGACGCAAGAUUCUUACUUGCUUUUCGAGUCUGAAAAAAUAACAAGUUGAGAAUACUGAUCUAUGUCUGUAUUACAAUAACCAGAAGAGUAAGGAAUCUGAACAUAAAAUUGACUGUGCUUGGUCAGACCACAGGUCUGUCCAGCCCAGCAGCAUGUAAUGAAAGGCCAUCGAUAAUGUCCACCCAGGGAAGAUGCAAGGGCAGUUUCCCCAGGGUAUUUCCCCAGGCUCCAGCAAUUUGCGGCUUAGGGACUUCCCAAGCCAGAAGUGGUGUUUUUUUUUCUGUUUAAUCUAC